AUGCCCAAUCAAAUCCGCGACAUCUCCUCCAUCGACCGAGACUCCUUCACGUACAUCUUUGAACAAAAUGUGACCAUCCCACUCAAAAGCUCUCAGGGGCUUGUGAGAUGUAAUGUCUACCGUCCCAAAGACGAGACGCAGAAAUAUCCCGCCCUCGUCACAUAUGGACCGUAUGGAAAAGAUAUCCCAUACAGCGACUUCCACGCCCAAUCAUUCUCCGAAGUCAACCCAGAACACAAAUCCGAACACUCGGCCUGGGAAACGCCCGACCCGAAAUACUGGACAUCACAUGGCUACGCAGUCGUGCGUGUCGACGAACGCGGCCUCGGCCAAUCCCCCGGCAUCCUCGACACCAUGUCCAAGGGGACCAGCGAAGCAUUUUUUGACGCAGUGGAAUGGUCCGCGGAGCAGUCCUGGUCCAACGGCAAAGUCGGCCUCCUAGGAAUCUCUUACUACGCCGGCAGUCAAUGGCGGGUCGCGGCGUUACAACCCAAAGGCCUCGCGGCCAUGAUUCCCUGGGAAGGAAUGAGCGACUACUAUCGGGAUCGCUGCCGGCACGGCGGCAUCUUAUCCAACGAAUUCAUUCGGUUCUGGUGGAACCGGCAGGUCCUCAGCAAUCAGUACGGCCUGAGUGGUCGAAAGUCGAGAAAUUGGGGCCCCGACACCAUCGAAGGAGACCUAUCGGCCGAGGAGCUCGAGCACAACCGCAAUGACCAGAACAUCGAUAAUGUGAACAACGAGUUUCGAGACCAACCAUACUAUGCGUCCAAGGAGUACAAUUUGGACGAUAUCAAGGUUCCGCUCCUCAGUGUGGGCAACUGGGGGGGAAUCUUGCUGCACUUGCGAGGCAACGUCGAGGGAUUCACACAAGCGGGCUCCAAGCUCAAGUACCUCCGCUUCUGCGUUGGAAGGCACGAUUUACCUUUCUACUACCAUGAACAAGUGGAGAUGCAGCGAACUUUUCUCGACGCUUUUCUUCGAAACGAUGAUCGUGUUGGCUGGUCCGUCGCGGGAAAAGUGCCGAAAAUCGGCCUCGUCCUUCGCCAGGGGGAUGCAGGAUAUAAUAAUCCAGAGGCCGAGAUGAAGUUUCCCACCAGAGACGAAGAAGAUUGGCCGAUCCCUCGGACCCAGUACACUAGGUACUAUUUGACCGAUGACCUGAGAUUGACGACGGAAGAACCAAAGUAUACUCAUACGCGCAAAUUAACCUACCGAGCCCUAGGAACCCUACAAGCGCCACAACUCGUCCAAUUCACCACGGCGCCCAUGCCAAGCGAAACCGAAAUCACAGGGCACAUUGUCGCUCACCUCAACGUCUCGAUGAACCCCUACAUCGGCGGGACUGUGCCCAGCGAUAUCGAUCUGUUCCUUACACUCCGCCAUAUCGGCACUUCGGGCAAAGAAGUCUUCUACACCGGCACAGCAGGCGAUCCGGUCCCGCUCUGCAAAGGCUGGCUCCGGGUGAGUCUGCGCAAAGUCAACACUGAACACCACCGGCACAGACCCUAUCUGCCGUAUCGAGAUUACUUCUCGACUUCGGUCCAGCCCGUAUUGCCCGGUGAGGUAUAUUCCGUGGACGUGGAGGUGUGGCCGACAAACGUGGUGGUCGAGCCUGGGGCGAGGAUUGUAUUGGAAGUGUCGUCAGGAGAUACGCAAGGGUCCGGCGUCUUUCAGCAUACGAGUCCUGUGGAUCGGUAG